AAUAUGGUACAACGGCUAUAACGAAUUUCUCCGCUUCUUGCAGAUUUUUGUCCGUGAACAAUGGCCGGUAGGUGAGCUGAGGGACGCCCACGGACCAUAGAUAACCCACUUUCCGUUUUGGAAGCCUCAGAGGACGGUUAAAGCGCUGUCGUUUACGGCUGCUGCCACCGUGCUCCGCAUGUGACCGAGCGGCCAGGGGAGGGGCGGGCGGUCUCGUGUACAGUACCGUGGAACACCGAGUUCUCGGCGGCGCAGUAGCAACGGCCACACCGAAGGAACAAGUCAAACGCAGCCGUAAAAACUCGACCCGGAUGCGAGCUCAUAUCGGCCAGCUUUGAGAACUGUCGUCGGAACAGCACCGGAAAGAAACUUCGUGGGCCGAGGACAUCGUCAGUGCAGCAGAACAGAAGAUGAGCACCAAGAGGAAGGCAGAGAUCCACUCGAGGGUGUUGAACAGGCCACGCGUCAUGAAGUCUGGAGACUCUCGCACCGAGUCAGAGAGAGACUCUGGAUUCUCAGAUGCAAGCUCGGAGCACAUGAGCGUGAUGGACACCACAGACUCUGAGGAUUCACCCCACCAUGUUCAGCAGCAGCAGCAGCAGCAGCAGGGGCCACAGACGUCUGGCUCAGGGCCCCAGCCUUCUCAGCUGGCUGUGGUGGGAGGCUCCUACUCCAAUCUCUCCCCCAUGAUCAUCAUGAACAACGUUCUGCUCAAACAGUCUGGAGAUAAUCCUCCUGCUCUGAAGCCGUGGGGGUUCAGUCCCACAGUGGAGGUGGUUCAGCAGCCUCAGGUGGUCUUUCUCCAGCCGGUGGUCUCUCGUCAAGCUUCCCCUUCCUCCAAAGAUUCCACCUCAAGACACAGACGCCCCAAGAAGUAUCUUCCAAUCCUGAAAUCCUACCCCAAGAUUGCACCACAUCCUGGGGACAGCUCUAGUUCCUCUGGAAGAGGAACUGCUUCUUCAUCGUCUUUCACCUCGUCUUCUUCAUCUCCUUCUUCUUCUUCUUCUCCUGCUUCUUCUUCUUCUUUUUCUUCUUCUUCAGGGUCAGAGAGAUGUAGCACUUUGACCUCCAGCCAUCGGGAACACUGUCAGAGAGAGAAGCAGCAGAAAAGUGUGAGUGGUGGUGCUGUUAGCUCUGGUUCUGCCACUCUGAGUCUUCCACCUCCUCCCAGCACCAUGUCUCCUCUGCUGCAGAGGCGACUGUCCGUCCCCACAACAGAAAGCAGCAGCAGCAGCAGUCCAGCCAGGGAGAGGCCUUCAUCCGCUCUGAGUCAGACGGAGCUCAUGACCCCCCUGUCGUUCUCUCACACCGCCAGCUCCAAAGACCCUGGUGGUCCUCAGACCCAGGAGAACAUCUCUGCAGGAGACUGUAACUUAAGCGACAGUGAAGCCGAUACAAAGAGGAAGCGCUUCUGCAACACCUACAACAUCCUGAGCAAGUCCGGCCUGCUGGACAUCACGCUGCGCACCAAGGAGCUCCUCCGACAGAACCGACGCACCCAGACCGACCUGGACCGGCUGAAGGACCACACGGACCUCUUCCUUCAGGCGGUGCGGAGCGGCGACACCAGCAUCUGUGUGAAACUGCAGGCCCGUCUUCAGGAGGAGGACCGGGAGAAAGAGAAGGAGAGAGCUGUUCAGGCAGGCUCAAAAGGAGAUUAGACCCAGACUAGCGCUUGAUGGUAAUCCUUUAGUCUGAGAUGGAAAGGAAGGCUGGGGUUGGGGGGGCGUUUGGCGCGUGCAGAAACAGAUGGACCACGAGUAAUGUGCUCUGUAACACACUCAACCCCCCCAACUCCCAGACAGACAGAGUGCUGUGGCCUACAUUUUGGCCGCCUCAGGGCCCUGACACACCAAGCCAACCUAAAAAAAAAAAUCGAGUGCAGACUUUUUCUUUCUUCAUGUCUUCUGCUAAAAGUUGCAUUUGAGCUCAUUGUUCUUGUGCAGGUGGUGACCAGUUGACAGCAACAUGGACAUGUGUUCUACACCUGUAAGAGAACAUGUUUAGUCAGCAGCCUGUUUUUGUAAUCCACAAAACACUGCAGACAGAAAGGCAAAGAAAGCCACACUAGGAUUACAGCACCCUGGAUUUGUGAAAGUAGUUUCAUUGGCCAUGUUUACAUCAUUUAGUUUGAAAUUUGACAUCAGAAAAACUUGAUGGAGAUGGCAAAAUUUUGAAAUUUACAAAAAUGUUUUAGAGUUUUUGAGUAAAAAAAAAGUUAAUGCACGUUUUAAUGCACCUAACUUUGACAUGGUAUAUAUUAAACUGCACUUUUAGUCUCCAAACAAUCUUGCACUAGCGGACUUGAAAGAAAAAAUUCAAGUUUUUUUUUAGCAGUUUACAAACAGCAGUUUUUUUGUCUGUCUACUUCUAGUUUGUUAUAACUGUGUAGCGGACAACCAACUGACAUUAUGCCACCAGCGCUUUAAAGAAGUUAACAAAACCAAGCCUUAUUUUCUUUGAUUAAUUUUUUUUUUUUGCGACAUUUUAAAAUUUGUCAGCCUCUUAAAAUGUUCAUUGUACAUGGAGGGUUUUUCCUGGCUGACUAUGCACAAAAAUAUGCAUGAUUGAUCCAUGAACAUCCUAUUUACCAGAUAUCUAUGCGUUUUAUUGUUAUUUCUGACCACUUGAAAUGCAAAAAUCUCUAUUCCUCUCAAGUAAAUGAAACCCCAGCUAACAAAAAUACUUUUUUUAUUUUUAUCUCGUCAGCUCUCUUUUCACUUUGGCUCCGGCUAAGACUUCUUUUCCAGUUGCCAAAAUGUUUUCUACGCUGGAAAACCCCUGACAUUAUAUGCUUUAAUGUCAGCGGUGUUUCUGCUUCUGGAAAAACAAAAAACCAACAGUUUUUUGUUUUAUAUACAAUGUAUUUGCUGGGUCAUUCAGAGAGCUUAUUCAGGAAGUUCAGUCGUGUCCUGAUGAACUGUGCUGUUGGCUUGGUGCGUCUGGGACCAAAUAAGGCCAGAACCACAGCUUUCUGUUCUACCACACUGAGCCUGACUGGAUCUCUUCCACUGAAAUUGUCUCUGUGCUGCACUAAAGUCUCUUGCUCAAGACCCGAAAGCUCAGAGAGAUUUGGAUCUAAAGUGUGAACAAAUUCUCUCUUUUACUAAAUGCACAAUGGAGGCGCGAUAUCUCAAAGCAUAAGUUAAGCCCCAGAGAGUGGGUAUUUAAACUUUGCAGCGCAUUGGAGGAGGCAUUUUCAUCUAAAAUGGAAUAAGUAUGGUAGUGAUUCUGACAGCAGAAUUAAAUUGAAGAAUGAUCACAUUUCUGUUGUUUCUACAGGUUUUAUUUGUGGUAGUUUUUAAGAUGCUCCACUUAUUUUAUGCUAAACAGUAAAAACAGGAUCCAAUUGACUUCAUGCAGCAGUUCCAGAUGUGUAAAGUUAAGGAGGUAUUGAAUGUGUUUAAUGCCAGUCAGCAUCUCUAAAUAGACAAACGUGCCUAAAGUGUCUUCUUUUCCCCUCCUGCUGCAUUUUCAAAGUUGAGUUCAAUAAUUUGGCCCAGUUUCAACUUCAGCGUUCCCAUCAUGUUGAUGGCAGAUGUUCCUGUGCAACCUGGCUGGAAGUAAAGCUCAUAAUAGCUGUUUCGAUGCUUCCCUAAUGACAUCCCAUUGUAAAGGGUGUUUCCUGUCGUCAAACCGUAUCUGUCAGUGACUUGUGAUUUCUUUCAUCUGGUUUGUGUGUGUGUGUGUUUUUUUAAAUGCGCACAUGGGUGUAAUUUAAAGUUUAAUAUUGUCGAACUAACUUCAGAAUUUUUCUGUUCUGAUCUCCUUUCUGUUUACGUCUGUGAGAAACAUGCUUUGUGAGAACUUUAAGUCCACUGAGAUGGCCAGAAAACCAGUCAUUGUGCUUCACCUUUGGGCCUCAUGAGUCCAGAUUUUUUUUUUAUUGUUAUUAUUACAAAUAUAAAAUGGCUGUUGAGUUUUUAAGAUGCUUUGUUGUAACUUUUCAUGUUUUUAAAUUAUGGCCUUAAUAUCCAAACCCGAUAUAUGUGGCAGAACUUUGCAUUUGCACUAAAGUAUUCUAAAGAAUUAAGUGGCAGCUAUGAAACUGUAGCUCGUUUAAGAUGGACAGGAAAAGUUUUUUUUCAUUGUUAUUUUCUUGCAUGAAUAGCAUUGCGAGUUAUUAUAAGCACACUACUGGUUUCUACAUGAUAGGGCUGCAACUAACCAUUAUUUCCACUGAUGAUUAUUGAUUGAGUAGUUGUUUGGUCUAUAAAAUAUCAGGAAAUGUUUUUUAGUUGAUCAAAGAUGACAUCCUCAAAAGUUUAGUUUUGUCCACAAUCCAAAGAUAUUCAGUUUCCUGUCAUAGAGGUGGAAUGAAAUGAGAAAGUAUUCACACUUAAGAAGCCGAAAUCAGAUAAUUUUGGCUUUUUUCUUCUGAAAUUACUCAAAUCAAGUAUUUGUUGCAGCUCUAAUACUAACUAAUUUAGAGUUACUUGUUUUAUUAUGAAUAUUUUCUUCAAUCUUACACUUUUUUGUGUAUUCUGUAUUAUAUUAAGCCUUUAAAUGAUGUUUGCUGUGGUGAUGUACAAUAUUUGCUGUGCUUAUACUGACUUUAAAGGCUCAUGAGGAACUUUGUAAUUAAGGGAUACUUCUGUGUAUUAAUUCUUGCUUGCGGUUUAAAGAAAUGCACAUAAGGACAUUUUAAUUCAUAGCGGAACAUGUGGAGGUUAUUUUGUGAAUGCAUUGUGGGUAUUCUCUAUAUUUGGAGUGCUGUGGAGAACUUAGAUCUGUCGUGUUAUUACUCUGCAGAGGACGUGUCGGUCUGUUAAGUGAUCAGUUUUUGUUUUUAAGGUUUAUUGGGAGUUCACUGUGGCUGUUCGCUCUGCUGGCUGAUAGUUUGAGGUUGCAAUGAAGAAGUUUGAGGUCAGCUUAACCACUCCACCCAGUUUCUUUACUGCAGUGCACCAGUUUGUACUGUCAGCAAAAGAGCUUGGGAUGCAUCGUACAGUCCGUUCUGCUCGUUAUCUCCCCUCCCAACACCACUGUGGAUGUUGUGGUCGUACAACUGACCACAAAAGUCUCAUUUUCUACACUUCCGUGCCUGUACAACAAAGUGCAGAGGAGCUUUAAAUGUUGGUUUUGGUGCAGAAGCGUUUCCUGCACAUUAACUGCUCAGUACAUGUAAACAAUCUGCAUGAUUCCUCUUACUUUACAUGUACCUGUUUUUUUCUGGAAGCUCCGAGUUGUAACAUUCAACAGUUUUGAGCUCCUUCCUUUGAGUCUUGUGUUGGGAAGCGUUUGUACUCGAGGCCACUAUUUAUAGAGCUGAAUUUGGGUUUUGAAGUUACUUUGGCUCCAAAUGAAAUUCCUGACUUGCGUAAUCUGUCUUUGACUCUCGCUCGCUGUAUCUUAAACGAGCUCCUUGUGUCUUCCACUUAAAAUGAACUGAGCUCAGGCUAAUGAGCGCAGCAGCUCCAUUUCAUGCUGAUAAGCUUCAGUUCUGCAACCACUAACAAGAUGUUGAGAAAAUAUCUUCAUGAUGUAGUCUUCUGCACUGUAAAGUUAAACAAGUUGUCAAAUGGUUUACAUCCAGCAGGGGAUUCAGAAGGCCCACAGUGCAUUUACAAAUGAGUUUUAGUGUGAUAAAGACAUGCUUCACAAAUGUAAAUUCUUACAUAACAUGCCCCGCAUAAUGGAUGUUGUUUGGCUUCUUUAUUCAAAUGUGUAGUUUGCAAUUCAAUGUGCAAAGUGGCAACACAAUCCUCAGUCCUGAAAGCUCAAUAAUUUGCAUUUAAUCUUUCAUGCUGCAUAUUAGAACUGCUCCUGAUGAUUAUUGUCAUUGUUGAUGGAUCCAUUAUGGUGAAAAGUGUUGAGCUGAAGAUGACAAAUGUCUUGUUUUGUCCAAAAAUAGUCAAUUUACUGUGAUAACAGAGGAAAGAAACAAGAAAAUAUGCAAAUACAAGAAGCUGAAAUUGGAGAAUUUAGACUUUUUUUCUGUUGAAAAACACUCAAACUGGUUGGUGAUCAAUUUAAUCAGCAGCUCUAUCACGUAUCUCUAAAUCUCAGCUGUAAACCUUUGCUAAAUACCCUAUUGAAGCAUAAUGUUGUGAUAUUUUUCCUGGCUGUGUCAUUUCUGUGCUGUUGUUGCUGUAAUAGAGGAGUAAUUUGUUGAAGUACCAUGUGUCCUUACUGAAGGCCUUACUAAAGCGACGAGGCUGUGGCCACAGACAGAUGAUCUUUUCACAGCUCUUCUUCUGUUUUGGGACCUUUACCACUCAUACUGAAUUAUUUUAUUUCUUGGACCAAGAACACAUCUCACACAUUUUACCGAAAAUUCAUUUGAACUCUUUCCUCCUCAGUCUGACACACAGCUGCAGAAUAUUGUUGGGAUUGAUGUCGAUGCUGUGCUUUGUUGACAUGAAAACAAACAAACCUUUUCUAACUUUCUGCUGAAACUAGAUGUUGCUGUUUUGAUGCUGGUUCACCACAAUUGAAAUAAAUUAGUGAUGUUUUGGCUGAAAAUAGCACAACUCUGUCAAUGUUCUCCUUGUUUUCUGCCUCCAGCCGAUUGUUCAUUUAUUACAGAUUACGACCAUCAGCUCACUGUAACCUAAAAUCUGGAUCUGUGCAGCUUCUUGUUCUGGUUCUGUUCACGCGAUCGGCCGUUUAUUGGCUGAACUGUUGUUUUGAGCUACACGCUGCGUCAUGGACUGUUGUUGCCGUCGUCGAUGCAUGAUCACGCUACCUGGCUGCACUUUUCUGUUUUUUAAAAGCAUUAGUUUUGCAUGUGCAGUAGGACACUUAGUGUAGUUUAGGAACACUGGAUUUUGAGUUUCCACCUUUUCAAAUGUCGGCAGCUUUGACUUCUCAGUGCGCUUCAGUCUGCCUUCUUUUAUUUUUCUCACGUUUCAGGUGUAGUUCAGCAGCAAUAGUGAUCUACAACAUUAUAAUUAGCCCAAAUAAUUGCUCUUUAAUGUGAUACAAAGGAAUUGUGAUUGGAUUCAUUUAAUGGAAUUGUGCAGACUGAAUGUAGUGUGGUUUGUUUUCUUUUAUAAAAAUGUAUGGAUGAGUUUAAUGUCUUGUAGAUGUAAAACCUCUGGGGACACUUCAGCUAUAUCAAUCAAAAGUCAAUAAUUUGAGGAAGGGUUUCAUGUAAAUAUGCUCUUUUUGUACAUUUUAUUAGGGUAGAGACUCAUUGCUUGUGUAAUAAAUGUCAUUCCAAAGAA